CACGGCCACAGGCCGCCUCCAACACCGAGCUGCGUCCGGCGGGACUCUCAACGCCCUCCAUCAUGUCCCAUCAUUCCCAUUCUCCUCCUCUCUUCGUUUCUCCACAACCACGCUCCCUCUCACCCACAUCUCUCCUUCCCGACCUCGACCCCUCACCCGCCGAUGUUGACCGCCCCGGCUCGUCCUCGAUGAGUGCCGCCAUCGGCCGCCGCUUCACCCCCUCCGCGCCCUCGUACGGGCACGGCCAUGCGCUGGGACAUCACUCGCGCCCGCGCAGCUUCUCUCGCUCGUCCAGCUCACCCUCACCCCCCACAUCGCCGCGCACGCGCACUCACCCACUCCCAGAGAAGAAGCGGACGUCGUCGUCGUCGCGCUCAACCCGCCGUCCCCCGUUACAGAGCAACCACUCACUACACUACGCGGGGAGCGCAAGCUCGGCCGCCUUCGUCGGGUCCGAGGGGGAAGGUAGUGAUCGCUUCGUCACCAUCAACGCGGAAGAUACCGAGGUCGAGCGUCGCCGGUUGCCUACCGUCCGCGCGAGCCCCAGUCCGCGCCCUACUCCACUGCCGCGCGUAGCGACGCCCCGCGUCCCCACUGACGUUGCCGCCCACCCUCUGGCUCCUCGCAUCACACUCCUCCCGCACACAGUCAGACUUGGGCCACUGAGGGUCACCCUCACUCGCAAGCGCGCCGAGGACGCGAUCUUGCUCGGUGCCGUCGUUGCUGGGAUUGUAAAGCUCACUUACACCUGGAAAGAGGUGGCUGUGGCAGGCGAACUCACCACCCUUCUCAUCAUCAGUGUCGCGUACGUGGCGCUCCGUGUGCGCACUAUCGACGCGCCUUCCUCCCCAGGCCGCUCACCUGUUCCUCUCGGCGUCGCCAACCUCCGCGAGCGUUCUAGUCGACGAAAUAGCCAGCAUGGUCUGCCUUCCCUGCUGAAGGAAGACGAUGGCCCCGUCGGUAUCGGCAGCAGGGGCUGCAUCUGGGGUACAGAGGAGCGCGAGUACCGCGAAUGCCUCGAUGACGGCGCGCUCUUCGCGCUCCUCCUCUCGCCACUGACUGCGGCGGCGAUGCUGCAUGGCGCACUCACACGCCUCGCUGCGCAGCCGCCAAAGGCCACCUUGCCCGGCUGGACGAUCGAGCAGCCCCUCCUUAUUCCCAGUACUCCAGUCCGGCGGAUCACAGACACGAUCCCCGGAGUCCUGGCGCCAGGGGCCGAGGGGGACGCGAUCCGCGCUCUGAGUGCGCUCGCAACCGCGCGCCGCAACCUCGUGCAGCUGUUCACACUGCUGUCUUUUGUGCUGCUGAUCCAGCUCACGCACUCCCUGCGUCAUGAGAUCAAGCUCACCCGCACGGCGCCAGGCUCUCCGACCAUGAGCAGUGGGAGUGAAAGUGACACCCCAAUGCGUCCGCAUGGCACGUUCUGGCUCAAGCGUGGCGAGUGGCGGCGUAAUCGCUCUGUCAUCGCGUUCGCCUUCUUCGUUACCGGCUGCUGCGUCGUCGUCAAGAUCGGCACAGCCUACAUUGGCCGGAGCGUAUGGAGCGAUAUGUCCCAUUCGGACAUUGUGAUCGCGACCCUGUUCUAUCAAUUCUGUCUUUACGUGUGCGUUCGCUUGGCGCGCCGCGGCUUCACGCUGGGCGAGCUCGGAAUAGUCACGCACGCGGCUACUGCGCUGUUCAUGGAGACGGUCAACAUGACGCGUUCAAAGAUCCCUAUCCUCUCCGAGCCGUACAUCAAGACCUACCGUCUGCCGACGCCGCUCUUGAUCUUUCAGCUCGCCCUGAUUCCAGGCUCGCUGCUGACAGGCUUCCUCCUCUCACCCUUGCUGUACCUGAGCCGCAAUAUGGCACAGCGCCCAAUACACCGCCUGCGCUUCCCGCACGAGAAACCCGCGCAGCGGCGUCUCCUCGCUCUCGGUUUUUAUGCAGGCGCGGCGCUCGUGGUUGUCGGAGUUGUGGGCAUGUGGGCUCGCUGGAUGCUCGGAAGGCGUAACCCAUGGCUUUGGGUACUGCGCUUCAUAAUCACUGGCCCACAUAUGUGGACGCGUCCCGUGUUACUGGCGUACUGGGGCGGCCUGGCGCUCUUCGCCGUCGCCGCCUGGCAGCGGCAACUUACCCGCGGACGCCGCCACCGGACAUACACCGUGUCGCGAGACAGCACGUCGUCUGCCGGCAGCGGCAGCACCACCGCUCUCGCGUCCGACGGCGCGAGUGCGCGCACUGUCCGCUCGCAUCUGGAGCCGAGCGUCGCGACGCAGAUGAUGGAUCGGGCAGACCAGCGCAUGCCGACGCUGAGUGUCAAUGCGCGCCGCAAGAGCUUCCACGCCCUCGCCGUUGCCAUGUUUGUGCCCGGAAUGACCGUAGACCCGGCCUUCACACACCUGAGCUUCUCGGUCGCCUUUGCCGCGUUCACAUUCGCCGAAUACGUGCGCUACUUCGCGCUGUGGCCACUGGGUGCGAGCGUGCAUCUCUUCCUCAACGAGUUCAUCGAUCACAAGGACUCGGGCACGGCCAUUCUAAGCCACUUCUACCUGCUGGCUGGGUGUGCUACACCGCUGUGGCUUGAGGGACCGUCGCAGGUCCUCGCGCAUUUCGGCGUGCUUUCGCUCGGUAUCGGCGACGCGAUGGCGUCCAUCAUAGGCCGCAAAGUCGGAUACAUGCGCUGGUCGCCUGUAAGCGGCAAGACGGCCGAGGGGAGCGCCGGCUUCCUCGUGUCUGUCGUCGCUGUAGCGAUAGCUAUGUGGGCUGUGGGCGCUGUGGAACGAUUUGCCCUCGUGCCGUUCGUUCUGACGACCGCAUUGUCGACGCUGCUUGAAGCCUUCAGCGCGCAAAACGACAACCUUGUUCUGCCCGUGUAUGGAUGGGCAGUGGGCACGCUGCUGGGGGUGUAGUGCGGUUACUGUAGCAAGAGAUCGAGACGAGACUGCAUUUGUGCAUGUGACACUUAGGAAAUGGUGCAUGAUUACGACUAGCUACACUGUACGCUUCAUCCUCCGCUCACUUGCGCUUCUUGCCGUCAAGCGUGAACGCCUUGAUCUGCUCAGCGCUGUCCGCCUCCGCCUUGCGAAUCUUGUCCAUGCUCUUGCCGAGCGACUCGGCGAGAUACUGUG